AAGGCCUCCGCGCUGCAGAAAGCGCUCUAUUCGUGUUAGCGGGGAUAAGCUCCGAUCUUUGGAGGGGACUACCUGAUCUUGAUCGCUAUAGGAUCUUUGCGCAGGAGCAUGAAGCCGGAAACCAAAGAUAUCUUUGCCGGAAACAGUUCCCAAAGAGUAACAGACCUGGAGGAAAGAGAGCGGAUAAAGGUCCGUCCGCAAAUCGGGGAAAUGUUCGUGGGGCCAGCGGCAGGGAAAAGACCAGGAAAGCUAUGAGACUCGCGGCCCUGAAUGAGAACGUGCAUGACCACCCUGUUACACCCAGAGGGUAAAAAAAGUAAACCUGUGCUGCGAUGAACUGAUCUGGAGAGAGAACAUGUGAAUUUUCAUCAUGUCAGUGGAGAAGAGGGUAAAUGCUGCUGGAUAAAGUGAUUCAACAGAUGGUUUGUUGAUCCUUGGAAAAGGAAGGAUUCCCCAUCCCAGCUGGAAACUUGUGCAUCUGCUUUGUGCCUGGAGUGAAGUUAAGUGUUUUAUCUUGUUGAAAUACCAUUAAUGCAGGCCCCAGAAGACAGACACACCAGUGCAUCCUCACAGGAGAUAGGGGGGGGGGAGGGGUAGCAAGGGCUCACAAUGCCGUCCAGUCCGGUGACUGAUCGACGAGUUCAUACAGGGGAGAAAUCAUUCACCUGCUCUAAGUGCGGCAGGACAUUCGCUCGGGCAUACAACCUGCAAGUACACCAGCGGGUUCACUCCGGGGAGAGGCCGUUCACCUGCUCCGAUUGUGGGAAGGGAUUCAUUCAGACAUCUCACUUGCUGAUGCACCAGCGAGUUCACACCGGGGAGAAACCGUUCACCUGCUCCGAGUGUGGGAAGGGAUUCACACGGUCGUCCUUCCUCCUCAUACACCAGCGGGUCCACAGUGGGGAAAGACCAUUCAUCUGCCUGGUGUGUGGGAGGGGAUACACCCAGUCAUCAAACCUGUUGAUACACCAGCGAGCUCACAAUGAGGGGAAGCCAUUUCGAUGCCCCGUGUGUGGGAAGGGAUUCACCUGGUACAAAGACCUGCAGCGCCACCAACAAGUUCACGAUGAGGAGAAGCCAUUUUCUUGUCCUGAUUGUGGGAGGGGAUUCACCCGGUCCUACAUGCUCCUGAGGCACCAGCAAAUUCACACUGGGGAGAGGCCGUUCACCUGCACUGAAUGUGGGAAGAGAUUCACUCAUUCAACCUACCUGGAGAACCACCAACGCAUUCACACCGGGGAGAAGCCAUUCACCUGCUCCCAGUGUGGGAAGAGAUUCAUUCGGGCCUCCAACAUGCUGACACAUCAGCGUGUUCACACUGGGGAGAGGCCCUUCACCUGCUCUAAGUGUGGGAAGGGAUACACAAAGUCUUCCAGUUUGGUGAGGCACCAACGAAUUCACACUGGGGACAAAGUUUAAGUGUGCCGUGCGCUGUACAUUCAACUAUUGAAGCCACCAAAAAACAGACUCCAGUUCACUGUGGCCAAUCUGAGGUUCUCAACAGAACUGCCAAUUUUCAUCUUGAACGACAGCGCUAUUUGUGUUCUUCACCAUGUGGUUUUGCCCUGGAUUGUGUACUUUAGAGAUACAGCAUGGAAACAGGCCUUUCAGCGAACCAAGUCCACGAUGACCAACCAUCAUCCUGUACAUUAGCACUAUCCUACACACCAGUGACAAUUUACAAUUUACAGAAGCCAAUUAACCUACAAACCUGUACAUUUUUGGACAUUAGUGAUACGUGGAUAGGACAGGUUUGGAGGGAUAUGGACCUAACGCAGAAAGGUGGGACUAGUACAUGUUGGGCGGUGUGGGCAAUUUGGGCCGAAGGGCCCGUUUCCCCACUGUAUCACUCUAUGACUGUGGGAGGAAACUGGAGCACUCGGAGAAAACCCACUUGGUCACAGGAUGAACAUACAAACUCCAUACAUACUGCACCCGUAGUCAGGAUCGAACUUGGGUCACUGACGCUUUAAGGCAGCAGCUCCACCGCUGCGCCACUGCGCCCACCCCCUUGUUAUGUGCUCUGGUUUCAUCUCACUCAGUGAUAUUGUGGAGGGUUAAUUGGCCCGUUACUGUCAUAUAAUGCCGAAGGGGCAUGCAUGAGAGAAAAUGUUGCAGGACAGCAGUGUAAUAAGGAGAGUAGAAACAAAGAACUGCAAAUGCUGGUUUACCAAAAAAGUCAAAUUGCUGGAGUAACUCAGCAGGUAAGGCAGCAACUCUGGAGAACAUGGUUAGGUGACGUGUUGACUUAGGACGCUUCUUCAAUUCAAUUCAAUUCA